AUGUUCAACUUUUUAUUAACCACAUUCAACUGUACGCCCUCUGUGCCCAACAAAAGAUGCUCCAUCGCUGACAAAUUCGUGGCUCACGGCACCGCCUCGGAACAAUGUCCACCCCGACUCCGGUGCAUAAACCCAAUCCGCGGGAAUCUCGGAGCAAGUAAUGCAGGAGAACGGGCUCCAACCAUGCAACCAUGCAACCAUGGAUGGCAGGCGGCUGCUGAGGGUCCAAAACCUCCGACCGACGGAUUAGUCUUCGGACUAGCAAUGCUUGGUGCAUUUUACGAGCUUUUGCAACUCCCAAGUGGAGGCCUCGAACGCCUCCAAUGUCAAACAAUGUCCUCAAGCGAGAAAGGGAGGGCAAGCGGGUUUGAAGAAAAGUGCUUUUCCGCGCUCAAGGCAAAUAAAUGGCCAUUGAGCCAUAGUGAAACAAAUGGCCCGUUUCCGCCAUUGGAUUUCGCUGUUGACCGUCUAGUGAGGAUGUCCGUCCCGUCUCUCAACUGGGCGUUGAGUGGAGAUGUUACUGCCUAUGAACCUAGGCAUCUCCGUCGGUCGCGAUUUCUUUUCCUCCUCUCCCGGUAUGAACACUAG